UUUCAUUUCAAUUAAACCGGAUUCACUGUAAAUCCAUUAUCGUCGUCAUCAUCAUCCAAAGCCCUAAAUCCUUCAAAGCAGCCAAAACCAUGGCGUCUCUUCUCGCCAGACGUCAACGAAGGCUCCAAUCAAACCCAUCUCUCACUCGUUUCUUCUCCAACUCCUCAUCAGACCCACCUCCCCAAUCCGCUGAAAAACCCUCCCAGUCACCGCCACCACCGUCUUCUCAGUCUCCAUCGUCGUACUCUUCUCCCUUCGCCGACAUCAAGUCCACUCUGAAGCAGAAAAUACAGCAGGAGCAAGAGAGAAAGCCAUUCGCUGGAUCCUCCGACGCCCAAGCUCCGAAUCGCGGAUCGAGUAGUACAUUCUCCGAUCACAAGUCACGCGGGUCUCUACAGGAUCUGGGAAUCAACCUCGCCAAGUUCCAGCGUAGAUCCACCGCCGCUCCACCUCCGAGGGAUUCGUCGCAGUCUCGGCCGCACAUUUCAUUCGAGGCGCUCUAUAAGCAGAACAUGGUAGCGGAUCCUCCGAAUCGCAAAGGGGAGGAGAUCGAUUCGAGUAACUUAUGGGAAAAUUUGAAGACUUUGAAGUCAAAGUCCAACGCUUUGAACAACGGGGAGAUGAAAGGAGUGUCCUUUCGAAGUUUCAAGAGCACUUUGAAGGGAAACGCCGGAAGAGGAGGAGAAGCUUUGCCGGCGUCAAUCUUCGGGAAAGAAAUGGAAGGUGAAACAGAGGAGAUGACGACGGAGUUUCUAAAGAUUUACAGGGAAGAUGAGUUGGGUGAGAAGCUAAGGAGGCUUAGGCCAGAGGGGAAGAAGGAAGAAGGGUGGUUCUCGUUGCAGGAGUUGAAUGAGAGGUUGGUUAAGCUAAGGCAAGUGGAGGAGAAAGAGGUUUAUAAUCAGCGUGGGAACGUGUCUGUAAUCAGAAAUGUUAUUGGAACAUUUCGGAAUGAGGCAGCCAUCAAUGAAGCUAUUUCCCAGCAGAAUCAGGACAUUAUGGGAUAUUUGGAUGGUACCCCUGAAUACAAGCUUUAUCCUCCAAAAGAUGAUCUUGUCGAUACUUACUUCCACACAGAUAAUCUGUCAUCUGCGGAGAAGAUGAAAAUCGAGCUCACGAAAGUCAGGGAAGAUUUCAAGAUGUCGGAAUCUGAUUGUGGCUCUGCACGAGUGCAAGUUGCGCAGCUCACUACUAAAAUCAAGCAUCUAUCCUCUGCACUGCACAAAAAGGACAAGCACUCUCGAAAGGGACUUUUUGCUAUGGUGCAGAAACGGAAGAAGCUGCUGAAAUAUCUAAGACGAACUGACUGGGAUUCAUACUGCCUUGUCCUGUCAAAACUCAGCCUUCGUGACAACCCGGAUUACAAGUUCUAAGCUUUAUGCACUAGGAACCCCAUGGUUCUUCUAUCUCCGCACACUUUUGGUUUAGGCAACACUCUGUUGUGAGUGAGAUUUAGCUGUUCAAGCCCUGUUAGGCAUUCUACUCUCUAGGGAAGAAACUCUCGCUCAGCUCUAUUUUGUUUCUCUUACUCAUUGUUUAACUCUGAGCUCUUCAGUCAUGCAUCUGCUGCAACAAAAUGAAGUUAUGUGUCUCUUUCCUAGAUGUUUAAUAAUAGGGUAUUAUUCCCUCCCAUAAUCUGGAUUGUGGUAAUAAAAGUUAAUACGAACAUGCCUUUUCAUGA